UUCAUACCACACACUAAGCCGUUGUAGAAUAAAUUCAGAUGGCAUAUGAAGCCCAAACUGGCCAGGCCGUAUGAUGGCUAAACGCAAUGCAUGAGCCUCACCCGUAUGACCACCCGGGCUUCUCUUCUUUGAUGGCUACGGUCUGUCCAGGUUUUUAAGCUUCUGAGGGGUGUCAGAGCCGCACACCUUUAGCACGGGAAGAUGAGUGAACUUGACCAACUACGCCAGGAGGCUGAGCAACUAAAAAACCAAAUCAGAGAUGCUAGGAAAGCUUGUGCUGACGCUACAUUGGCCCAGAUCACAGCCAACAUUGAUCCCGUGGGUCGCAUUCAGAUGCGUACUAGAAGAACACUGCGGGGACACCUGGCCAAAAUUUAUGCAAUGCACUGGGGAACCGAUUCCAGGCUCCUGGUUAGUGCAUCACAGGAUGGAAAGCUGAUCAUUUGGGACAGCUACACCACAAACAAGGUCCACGCCAUUCCUUUGCGUUCCUCCUGGGUCAUGACCUGCGCAUACGCCCCUUCCGGAAACUACGUGGCCUGCGGUGGACUCGAUAACAUUUGUUCCAUUUACAACUUAAAAACACGUGAAGGCAAUGUCCGAGUAAGCCGUGAGCUGGCUGGCCACACAGGCUAUUUGUCCUGUUGCCGGUUUGUGGAUGAUAAUCAGAUUGUGACCAGCUCUGGAGAUACCACUUGCGCCCUCUGGGAUAUAGAAACCGGACAGCAAACUACUACAUUUACCGGCCACACCGGCGACGUCAUGAGCCUAUCCCUCGCUCCUGAUUCCAAGUGUUUUGUGUCUGGUGCCUGCGAUGCCUCGGCCAAGCUGUGGGACGUCCGAGAAGGGAUGUGCAGGCAGACCUUCACCGGCCACGAGUCGGACAUCAAUGCCAUUUGUUUCUUCCCCAACGGCAACGCGUUCGCCACUGGCUCCGAUGACGCCACAUGCCGGCUCUUCGACCUCCGUGCCGACCAGGAGCUCAUGGUUUAUUCCCACGACAACAUCAUUUGCGGCAUCACCUCCGUAGCGUUCUCCAAGAGCGGGCGCCUCCUGCUCGCUGGUUACGACGACUUCAACUGCAACGUGUGGGACACGCUCAAAGCGGACAGGGCAGGUGUCUUAGCUGGCCACGAUAACCGUGUCAGCUGCUUAGGGGUGACUGAUGACGGCAUGGCGGUGGCAACGGGAUCCUGGGAUAGCUUCCUCAAGAUCUGGAACUGAAGCCUGACAGUCCGUGGACUCCCCGCUGACCGGACAACUUUUCCAACAGUUGAAAGUUUGAAAUAACGUAUCCAACUCAAUAUACUAACUUGGAUCCCCUCCCUGCCUCCUCUCCCCCCCCCCCAUUUCCUGCCCCACCACCAAAGGGGAAGAUCUUUCCACCUCUCUUGUUCGCUGAAUCAAAGAGCACAAUUCUCUCUCAAAGAGGAAUUACCGUGGGUUCUACAAAUAGCAAAAGAGAUUAAAAUUGUGCAUUCCAUUGGGGACCACUUUUUUUUUUUUUUUUUGGUCUAGAGAGGGAAAAAAAAAAACGAAAGAAACCACACGCUUGUGUAAGCAUGCCCAGGCAAGAAUAAACGAAUAAGUGGUGAUAAACAAACAAAUAAGGAAAACACACACAUUGUGAAGCAAGACAACCUGUAAGUUUCACUGAAGUUUAAAAAUGGCAAAUCAUACUGACUUUAUGGGUUAUAGUGGGAAGGCCUCAUUUUAAUCUCAUUUUCAGACUUAAAAGUCUUGUUCGUAGCAAGAUCGGUAUCCCCUCUUUUGUCCAUAUCUCCAUUUCCUUUCCCCUUUUUUAAAAUUUUUUUCCUUUUCCUUUUUUUUUUUUUUAAAUGCAGUUUGCUUUUUAUGGUCCAACUUCGAGCCAAGACAAAGGAGUCAGAACCCAGAUGCUUCUGGGGUUGUUAAUGCUGUAAAUUUACUCCCUGAAUCUUCUUUUUCUUUCUUAAUUUUUUUUUAAAUUUCUGUCUUAAUGUCACAAAUUGUUGCACAAAUAUUGCAUAUAUACGAUAAUGUUACGAAGAUAACCAAGCACACUCUGUACAUGGUAUUGAAUGUUUAAAAAACUUUCACUUUUAUUGGUAACAAAAAUGCAACCCCUUGUCCCCCCCCCUCCGGCCUCGCCUCCUGCGGCCUUUCUUUUUCAUUUCCUGUCUGCUUCGUUUGAUUUACUAAUGCUGAAGGCUAUCCCAUAAUCACAAUAAACAAGAUUUGGUGGAUUGGCUUUCAGGAGCAGGGCCGAAAAGAAAAACCGUUGUAAUGCUGGGUGGUUCCAUCAAGGCUGGGUCUGAAGCGACACCCUAAUUAAUGUGUUGUUGUUUUUUUAAACCACAAUCUUAGACUUUCUAAAUUAAACAAGCACCGUGGAAAAGAAGGGGGAAAAAAAGUUUUCGGUUUGCCAUAUUGGGUUGGAUUACUCUUUAGAAUCGCAUGCUGUAGAAACGCUGAAGUGCAUAAUAAAACUAAGACAUCCUUCUAUGUGUUUUCUUUUGAGAAAUAACCUAAUCCUUUUCUUUUAAAAAAAGAAGAAAAAAAGCAGCUGUAACCAUUGCUGAUUUUCCUUACUGCCGCUUACUCUGUGCAUAGAAUGAAUUCCGUGAAGAAUUGAAAAGCCCCCCAGGUUAUGCACAUCUGGAAGUAGGACGAUAAGUUGCUAUUCUUUAAUAGAGUUUUUUUUCCCCCUCCCCCCCCCAAAAAAAAAUUGAAAGCAAAAAGCCAUCUGUUUAAACAUUCAGAUUCGAUUCUGGGGUAGAGAAGGGAGAAGAAAACGCAGCUCGGUCGAAACCCAUCCGAUUAGCCUUUUUCUGGCUUUGUAUUUUGACAGACAGAGAAACAAGAUUAAACUCUUCAGAGCAUUUGGAGAGCCAAUUGUUUGGAUAAACCUUUGAUGUUCCUUUGGCCCCAUCAGGAUUUCCCUCCCCACCCCUUUUGCGGCAGCAGUGAUUUUUAAUCCAUUUCCUUUUCUCUUUCGUUCCCCCUCCUGCAACAUUCUGUACAAAAUGUGCUGUAAUUGUGCAUUUUUAGGCCUGGAUUUGGCAUCUUGAAUUUUGGUUUUUUGGUUAUUUUUUUUAAUCACCCUCUUUCCUCUUCCCUCGCCCCCAUGAGAUUACCCUCUGUAGAGCUUCCUCCACACCCUUAUUCCUUCACUUUUUGUAUUUAAUUUUAAAAGUCGGUGUACUUCAAGAAAGCUGGAUGCAAGAUAGAUCCUAUAUUAAAAUGUACUGUUAUUUAAGAUGUAAUAAAGCAGUUUGACAUGA